CUCUUAGUCAAGGUAGCCGGAGGCUUAUUCAGGACAGCUGCUUUCCUUGGCUGUUGCACAGGCCACAGGCCAAUUCUUUUGGCGCCACAUUUAUUGGUUCCGGGAUGCAGAGGCAGAUGAGCAUCUCGGCGAUGCCCAAGCUCCUGCCGGAGGAAGCCGGCGGCAGUGACGACGCCGACGUGGAGGCCAAGCCCGAGAAGGCGCCGGUGCCGCGGUCGUCGGGGAAGGAACGCUCCGUGCACUUCAUACCGCUCAUCAUCGUGCUCUGCUUCAUCCUCCUCUUCCUCUGCUCCCACGGCCCCUCUCCCUCUGAUAUGUCGAGUUUUGGAGAAAAGGCUGGAAGCCAGAAUGCCAAGUCGCUCUGAUCCUGUGAAGAACUGAUCAAGUGGCGCACCAAGAAAAAUAUUUGUCUUUCAGUUUUUGUUCCUUCAGUCCAAAUCCAAUUGUGUAUUUGAUCCCAAAUAUGAAAGCAUAAACACGGUGCCUUAUGCUAUGAGGCUAAUCGCUGCAGUAAAGAACGUGGAAGCUCAUUACAGCCCUCAAAAGUUCAGAACUCUGAUCGUCUAACAACAUUGGUUUUGUUUC